AUGUCUCAGAAAGUCACCUCCAAGAACUUGUCGUACAAUUCGUCGCUGCCCCCAUUCCUCGCCGCCCUUCGCGCCCAGGCGGGCGGCGCGCCGGGACCCGACCCCAUUCUCGCGAACCAGCGGCGCUCUGCCAAGAAGCGCUCCAGCAGCGAGGAGGCCGAGGACGCGCCCCUCGUCGUGGACGAGCAUGGCAACGCGGUGAGCGUCGAGGUGGGCAAGGAUGGCGAGGUCAAGGAGAAGCCACGCACGACUGACGACGACGAUGAUGCUGGCGACAAUGGCGAAUCCAAGGACACCAAAGGCGCGGCUCGCAAGAUGGAAAAGCAGGACGGAGACGCCAAGUUUGCGUUUGGUGGACGGAAGCGCAAAGUUGGCAAGGUAGUUGGCGACAACAAGGCCGACGACGAGGACGACACCCCAGUCAAAACCGCACGGCCGGCGGAUAGCAAGCAAAGCAAGGAGCUCGAGAAGCCGGCGGAGAAGAAAGGCAAGAAAAAGGCCAAGAAGAUAAAGCUCAGCUUCGACGAGGACGAGGGAUGA